AUGCUUGAGAAGCCAUCAAAGUCAGUUGGAGAUCCAAGCAAACAGUCCAACGAAGGGCACAAGAAGAGAGGUACAGAUGGCGGACGCAAAAAGGAAGGAAAACCAAAGAAAAAGAAAGCAAAAAUGAAGCAUCCAAGCGGCGAACAUGUAGACGCACGUGAAUUAUCUGUACUUGAAAGCGCCGCUCUUCCGCAGGGACAGAUCAUGGCCCAGUUCUUGUCUACCUUUAACAGACUUGAACAAUCUAGGUUCGAAGCUUUUCGCCGAAGUACAUUCUCCUCCGAUGCGAUAUCCAAAUACGUUGCUCAGAUUUUAAUAGAAGGGCUCAAUGAUGGAAUAGAACGAAAUCCCGUGUUAUCUCAUCUCUGCAGUGUUGGACAAGCUUCGGAGAUUACAAUGGUAGUAUCAACACUCGCCAAGGCCUAUGCCCAGAGGCUGAUGCAAGACUCAAGAAGCUUUGCAGGAAUAAAAGAAGUCGUUCUACCGCGAUAUAUGCUGUUGGCUAUGGACGAGCGAAAUAGCCAAGGUACCGAGAUUGACUUCUUCUUGCAAAACGCAGCAACAUCAUCAUCUGGCUCAUCGUUAUGCAACAGAAACUAUUCAUCUCGGCGACUGGCCGCGAUUAGACUACAAGAACUUUAUGAAGAAGACAACGGAUCGAAGCCAAUGAACAACAAAGCCCUAUCCGAAUAG